AAUUCCUGAGGGGUUCAGGUGGGAAUGGGUCUCUGAAGGUUAUCGAGUCCACACCUCUGCUUCAGCAGAGCCAGUUGUGCAGGACCACGGCCGGUUGGUUUUUGUGUAACUCCGAGGAUGGAGACUCCACCAUCUCUCUGUGCAGUCGGUGCCAGUGUUUGACCCACCCCUACAGUAAAAAAGAGUGGGUUUUCUUGCGUUCAGGUGGGGUUUUAUGUGUUUAAUUUGUGCCUGUUGCCUCUUGCCCUGUUGAUGGGUGCUGCUGAGGAGCACCUGACUCCCUCUGCUUCCUUCCAUCCCAUCAGGUGUUGGUGCACAUUGCCAAGAUCCCCCUGAGCCUUCAACAGGCUGAACAGCCCCAGGUCACUCAGCCUCAUGCUCCAGACCCUCCAUCGUCUUCGUGGCCCAUCCCCAGACUCUCUUCAGUUCCUCUGAGGCACAGAGAUAAAUGCACCGAAGGACAUUUUCUGUCUUUGCUGGAUUCAGAGUCAUGCUGCACCUUCCCUCUGUUCUAUCUGGCUUGCUACAGCACCAUGGGAGAUACACACCGAAGCACGUCGAAUGCCAUCUGUUCGCCAGACCCAGAUGUUGAUGUUUGACAGUGCCCCGCAGGAGAGGUACUGGACCUGCUGGGGCUUUGGAUGACUGAUUUGCUGUGAAACCAGGAGCCAAGGAGACCUGUCCCACUGCAAAUGGAGCUGCCAAGUAAUGCCAGAAGCUGCAAAUACCAACCAAGCUGUUGUGGAGCAGGUUUGCCUAGUCAUGGCCACUGGCAAGUUUCAUCAGUCCAUGGGGUCCUCCAAAAUGGCUGAUGGACUCCAGAGUAAGGUGGCAGUACGUUGUUAUCCGAAGCUGGUCAGAGAGGCAGAGCGGUGUGUGCCUCUGACUCCCUCUGCCUUCCUGAAGGAGAUGUCUCUUACCACCCAGCAGAGGCUGGCCAGCACCCGGGAGAUGAGGCGGCCCCGGAUUACCCAGCUUCUAGACAUGGGUGAAACCUCCCAUCACAAGUUCUCAGCAGUUGACCUGGAACAGAGCUUGCUUCAGCCUUUUCCUUCAGAGGUGGUAUUUCAGAACUACGUCCCCUUUGAGGUCUAUGAAGUGCCACUGACUCUGAGGAACACUGACAAGGUUCCUCGGCUGGUGAAGGUUGUCUUGGAGCCGUCGCCUUACUUCAAGUUGACCAGCCCUGGUGGUGUGUGCUGUAAGGUCGCGCCUGGCAUGUGUUCAACUUUCUGCAUCCUGUUCACCCCGGAGGAGAACAAGGAUUAUUUCUACCAGCUCACGUGCAUCACUGAAAGAGAAAAGUUUAUCGUGCCAAUCCGAGCUAUAGGUGCCCGAGCUAUCCUGGACUUCCCUGACCAGCUGGACUUCUCCGUCUGUCCAGUCAAGUACAGCUCCCAGAAAACUCUGCUGGUUCGCAACAUCGGUAACCGGGAGGCUCACUACCGCAUCAGCACUGAGAGCCCCUUCUCUGUGGAGCCCUCCAUCAGGACUCUUGGGAUUGGUGAUGCCGUGCAAGUGACAGUGGAGUUUCACCCGCUGAAGACUGGAGAUCAUUCAAGUUCCCUGGUAGUUCACUAUGACACAGGUGAAGAUAUUCACACAGGCCUUUAUGGAGCGGCUGUAGAUGUCAACAUCGGGUUGGCCAGGAGCUCCCUAAUAGUUGAGAAGACUUACCUCACGCUGUCAAACCACAGAUCUGUGGUCAUCCACAAUUGGAGUGAAAUCAUAGUGCACUUCCAGUGGAAGACUUUUGUUACUCAGGAAGAGGAGGAUCAUCAGAAGCUGAGGCUGCAGAGGUGGAAAGAGGGCAAGAUGGAUCAUUGUCUGAGGGAGUGCAAGGUGGAACCUGCUCCCCGAGAACGCCUUCCCCUUCUUUCCCACCCCCUCCAGAACCACCAGGAAAAGGUGCAAGGAGACUCCAUGCAUUUUCCCAACGAUGUGUUCACCCUUGAGCCACUGGAGGGAGAUAUUUGGCCAAAUUCUUCAGCUGAAGUUAACGUGAUCUUUAGACCACGAGAAGCCAGAGUCUAUCAACAAACUGUCUACUGCGACAUCUCAGGCCGCGAGACCAGGCUGCCCCUGCGCAUCACAGGAGAAGGCAUAGGGCCUCGGCUCUGCUUCAGCUGUGAGCAGCUGGACAUCGGGAAGGUGUUUAUUGGAUUAGACCACAGCUAUGAGGUGGUCCUGUUUAACAAAGGAGCCAUUGAUGCUGUCUUCAACUUGGUCCCUCCAGCUACAGCUCUGGGCUCCUGCUUCACCUUCCUCCCUCAGGAGGGCAUCAUUUUACCUGAGGGGCUCCAAGUCAUCCGGAUCUCCUUCAGUUCCACCAGCCUGGGGGAGUUCAAAGAAGAAUUCAGGUUCAGUGUGAAUGGAUCCCCUGAGCCUGUGACCUUGACAAUCAGGGGCUGUGUCACUGGACCGACUUUUCAUUUCGAUGUCCCUGCCCUCCACUUCGGUGAUGUCUCCUUCGGCUUUCCUCACACCUUGUCAUGUCGCCUCACUAACACCUCCUUGGUGCCCCUGACCUUCAACCUUCGUGUUCCUGGGGACGGCCUGGGAGAGCCCAGUGUCAGCAGUUUUGCUCAGAUGACAAACAGCACUCGCCUACUCCAGAGAAAGGGAGCCCAACAUCGCCUCAGGCCAAGCGAAUUCACCAUAAAGCCCCACAGGGGGACCAUCCGCCCCCUGGGAUUCCUGGAUAUCCAGGUCACCCUGUGUUCCAACACUCUGCAGAGAUACGAGCUGGCUCUGGUGGUGGAUGUGUGCGGUGUUGGCAGGGCGGUGUCGGCACUGCUCCUCACAGCCAGAUGUGUGGUUCCUGCACUGCGAGUGCUCAACCCUGUUGUGAUGUUUGGACGGUGCUUUCUAAAAUUCCCUUACCAGCAGAUGCUGACCCUUGUGAAUGACAGCGAUCUUCCAGGCUGCUACAGGGUUCUUCCUCAGGAACACGAGGAGGACGCUUCUGUGUGGUACUCCAGCCCUGUGCCGUGGGGGAUUGUCCAGCCUCGCAGCUCGGUGGAGGUCCCGUUGACGCUGGAGGCCCAGGUGACGGGAGAGCAGGACACUGUUGCUCAUGUUGCAGUGUUUGGGAGUGAAGGAUCCCCUCUGAAAAUACAUUUAGUGAGCACUGGAGAAGGACCAGUUGUCUAUGUGCAUCCAAGUAAGAUAAAUUUCAGCAGUAUCCAAGUUCUACAAGAUGCUUCCCGAACUCUUCACCUCUCCAAUCAGAGUGUCAUCCCUGCAUCCUUCAGGGCAAAGAUGGCUGGCAAAUGCUCAUGCUGGAGGAUUGAACCCAGUGAAGGAGUGAUUCCCCCCGAGACAGAGGUGUCUGUGGCUGUCAUAGCAAGCUUGGAUGACACAGAGAAAUUCAAGGACGAAGUGAACCUGUUCAUAGAGAAUAGCCACACCUACAUUAUCCCCGUCCGGGCUGUUGGCAUUGGCACCACGAUUGUCACCGACAAACCCUUUGCUCCGGAGCUCAACUUGGGACCCCACUUCAGCUUGGAUCCCUGCUGUUACCGCUUCAAGAUAACAAACAAAGGACGGCGCACCCAUCGGCUCUACUGGUCCACAGCAGGUUUUGACCCAUUUCGCCCGCGUGAUCGUGUCCCUGCUGUCAGCACCACCAAGGGCCAAGGCUCCUUCCAGAGCCCCAGACCUGCCCACCCUGUGUUUAAGGUUCAACCGCCAAGGGUGGAGCUGAUGCCGGGCAAGGCUACGGAGAUGGUGCUGGAAUGCUUCUCCAGCACUCCGCAGGUGGUGAAGGAGCGGCUGCUGUGCCACGCCAUCGUGGGGAGCAAGGCAGGGAAGGCUCUGAUAAUGGAAGUGGAUGUCACCUGCAAGUUCAUUGCUCCCAUCCUGCAAAUAUCCUCCAGAGAAAUCACUUUCCGGGUGGAGAAGCAACCCAGUGAUGUCCUAACUGUGCAGCACCAGCCUCUUUCUUUAAGAAACGCCUCCGCCCUGCCACUCACCAUAGUCCUGGCCUUAGAGCAGCCCUUCUUAAUCUGUGACGCGGAGCGGCAGCCCCUCUCUGCAGACGCUCAGCACAUGCAGCUGGAGACAGGGGAGGAACUUCAUCUCUCCAUCAGAUUUCACCCUGCUUAUGAAGAGAAUCUGUGUACCCAGAUUGUGGAGAAGGUUCUGAAGAUUCAGUUUCUGGAGCAUCCUCAUGAGGAGCAGGUCACCGUUCGGGGAGAAGUCUACUUCCCAAAUCUCCAUAUCCAGCCCACGGCCCUGGACUUUGGCUGCAUCUUGAACGAUACUGAAGGUGUGCGUUACGUCGAGAUGACCAACUGCAGCCCGCUUCUUGUCCAGUACCACUGGUCAUUCCUGAUGGACAGCCGCGUGAGCCAGAUGAGGUUCAGCCCUCCGGUACCUAAAUUUUUCAGUAAACCCCAACCACCAAAGGAGGAGGGAGCCUGGUCGGAGCGCUCGGUGUCUGCAGGGAGCAGCUGCAGGGAUGGAGGUGUGGAGGAGCCAGCCGAAGUCCUGGGAGCCACAGGGGAUCCUGUCCAAGAGCCAACAGAUGCAGAUGACUCCCUGCAAGCAAAGCUGCUGCCAUGCCCUGCUGAGGAGCUGGAAGGUGCUAUGGAGACUCAGAGCCUGGUGGGGAUCAACAAACGGAUGCACUUUGUGGAGGCAGAGCCCGUCACCUUGGGAAUGGAGGAGGUUUUUGAUGUCCUGCCACGCUAUGGUGUGCUGCAUCCAGGCAAGAGCCAGCGGGUCAUGUUCACCUUCUUUGGCCACACAAAUAUCGUCGCCCACGUCACAGCACUGUGCAGGGUGGAGGGAGGCCCGACCUACGAGAUUGCGCUGAGUGGGGAGGCUUCACUCAUCAACUACCUCCUAGACGUCACGGAGAUCGACUGUGGGCUGCAGCUGUUUAACAAAGUCACCGAAGCAGAGGUCACCCUGCAGAACAGCGGGAAGAUGGGAUUCACCUACGAGGUGCUAAGUCCCAGCAUGGGCACUGCAGACAGCCCCCUGCCCGGCGUGCCCCUGGUCCUGCCCAGCACGGGUUAUGUUGAAUCUGGCAAGAAGCAAGUGCUCAAAGUCUAUUACCUGCCAGGAGUGUGUGGAGCCUUCUGCAGGACUUUCCAGAUCCAAGUGGGUCACCUGGAACCCGAAGAAAUCUCCCUGAAAGGAGAGGGGAGCUUUCCCAGGAUCUACUUGGACCUGCCCAGGAAUAUCAAAGGAAAUGAAAAAUAUGAGAAGGUCUUCAAGUUGGUGAUAGAAAAGAUGGAAGAAGACACCCAGAGAGAGGAAGCAGCUGUUCUGGAGGAGACUGUGGCCACGGAGCCACCCCCAGAUCCCUUGGACACCAUGCUGGACCCUGGGCUGCAGAUGCAGAUGGAGCAGCUGCUGAUAGAAGAACAUGCCCUGGAGCAGCAGAAAGCCUUCACCUCUGGUCCCCCAGAGGCCACUGCCUUUGACCAGCACGCUCGUCAGAGGCUUCUCAGAGCUGAGCUGCCUGAGUACAUGCUGGACUUUGGGUGCGUGAUUCUUGGUAACACCCACACACACAUCGUGAGGAUCACCAACACCGGGCAGUUCCCUGUGUCCUUCCGUGCUGACAGACGGGUCCUGCGUGACACAGGUUUCAGUGUGGAGCUGGACCGCGUGAAGCACCUGCCCUGCUGCAAGACCAAGAUGUUUGAAGUGCGCUUCGACCCACAGAGUGCCAACCUGCCGCUGGGAGAGGUAGACGUGCUCCUGCCCAUCAAGGUAGCAGGAGGCCCCACGUUCCACGUCCGCCUCCGUGCCAGCGUGGCCAUGCCAGCCCUCUGCAUCUCCAGGGACAGACUGGAGUUCCUCACUCUCCAGUGUGGGCAGUGCCAGGAAGAAACUGUCCAGCUCCACAAUAAGCUCCAGGUCCCCUGUAACUGGUUCAUCACUAUAAAUGAGCCUGUUAAGAAGGUGGACAAACAUUGGCCAGCAAGGGUGCGUCAGAAGGUGCCCCAGAAGUUGAAGGCCCAGCCAUGUGUGUUUGAGGCACUGCCCUCGGCCGGAACCCUCGCUCCAGGACAGCGAUGCAACGUGCGAGUCAGGUUUUCACCCACAGAAGAGAAGUCCUACAGAAGCGAGCUGAAGAUUAACAUUUGCCAGAGCAACCAGCACCUCCAGCUGCAGGUCUCAGGGCAUGGGCUGGAGCCACAGCUGGAGUUCAGCCCCCCAGUGCUCGAGCUGGGACCGUUGCUGCCAUACAGCUGUGGAGCAGAGGGGACGGUGGUGGUGAAGAACCCAUGUGAGUUCCCCAUUGAGUUUUACUCACUGGAGUUCGACCAGCAGUACCUUGCUGAGGAGCAGAUCCUGCAGAUGCUUAAAGACUACGAUUGCCACAACACCUUAUUGCUGCCUCCACGUGCCCCGGGUGAGAAGCUGCCCCCAGAGGUGCUGGAGUACUAUCAGGACCAGAAAAGGCUGCAGGAUGAGCAGACAAAGUCCAAGACUGGGGAACCAGCAGGUCAGGACAAUGCAAACCUUGAAGAUGUCCAGUCUCUGUCAGAUCAAGGAAGAAAGUCCUCUGCUGGGAUCAUUCACACUGUCUCAUCCCAGAGCUCAUUCAUUUCCUCCUCUGUGUUUGAUGAACACCAGUCCAACGAGAUGAACUCUAAAUCUGAUGCAGAGGAGGAGGAAGGUGUUGAGAAAAGACAGGGGAUGGGUAGGCAGGAGGCUGACUUUUCUAUCUGGUUCCGCACAGCAGAGGAUUGGCAGAGCAUUGUCCAUAGGGCCAUCACCCGCCACCUUGGCCUUGAUAUCUCUGCAGAGGGGCGCUCAGCCCAAAACUGCAGAGGGAUUGUCGUCAUCGUCCAUGGGGCACCCCUGACAGGAAAGACAGCGGCAGCGGUUGCCCUGUCCAAAUACUACGGCGCUGCCUGCUUGUCCAUCGACACCGUGGUGACAGAAGCCAUCUCGGACAGGAGCAGCUCAGCAGGGCUGCGUGCCCGGGAGCUGUGUAUCGGGGCUGCCAUUGAGCAGAGCUGCAAGGAGGCAGAAGGUGCCGGUCACAACGCAGAAAGGUCUCUCAGCCUGCAGUUCGGCCCCGAGGCCAAGCGCAGCCUAGACAUGAGCCAGUCCAGUUCUGUGGACAAAGUCAGCCUGCAGUCCAUCACCUCCCGAGGCCAGGCGAGCGCUGCAGCGGGCAAGAAGAAGACGGAUGGCACCACACCCCAAUCCCAGAAACAGCAUCUGAUGGAUCUGACAGGCUCCCAGGGCUCAUCAAGUUCUCACCUCUCUCCCUUUCCCUGUGUUCCUGUGCAGCAAUCGCUGAGCAUCAGUGGCAGCACAUCAGGAGAGCUGGGCUUUAGGAGCUGCGUGCUGCCCGAGGACCUGCUGGUGGCCAUCCUCUCUGACAGGCUGCAGCUGAGUGACUGCUACCAGGGAGUGGUGUUUGAUGGCCUCGAGACCCUCUUUGCACGCAACAUGGCGUCUGCUCUCCUCUGCCUGCUCAAAGCUGUCAGAAAUCGGCCUUACAUCUAUUUUGUGAACCUGUUCCAGGAUUAUGCUUCUUUGAAAGCCAGGGAGAUGGCCACAAAAGAGCAGGAAGGACGGGAGCAGGAAGAAGCUGCCAGGAGGGAGAAAGCACAUCUCUGGGAGAUGGACGAGGACGAGUAUGAUGCCCUCACUGAGGAGGAAAAAGUUCAGUUUAAUAACAGUAUCCUGCAAGUCCAGCAUGAGAGGAAGAAAAGGGAGAUGGAGCAGCUGGCUCAAGAGUUUGAGGAAAAGCACCAGCGGGAGCUAGAACGCUUGAGGGAGGAAGAAGAGCUGAAGAAGUCAUCUAAGUGGGGCAAGAGAAAGCUUGGAAAAGACAAAGAUAAUGCUUCAAGGAAGAAAAGCCAGCCUGGAGUCAGGCAGAACACGAACGCAUCCACCAGCAACACCAGCACAUCCAUCGGCAACCUGUCCGAUGUCACCGAGGGGAGAGAGAAGAAGGGAUCUGCAAAGGAGCACCCAGACUCUCUUGCAAGUGACAAGGAAGAUAAGAAAAAGCAGAGCGAGGCUCCCCUGACAGAUGCCUGCCCAGCAGAGGUUGUCCAACCUGUGGACCCAGAACAGGGGGAAACCAAAACCAAGGCGCAGAAUGACAGCGAGAACUUGGCCCUGAGGUUUAAGAUCUAUGAGGCAUCGCAGAAGGAUGUCACGCAUAUUUUGUCAUCCUGGGACAGGGCUCAGAGUAUCCUGCUGUUCCCUCUGAACCAAGAGGUGGUGCAGCACCAAGUACAAGGCCAGCGCCAGCGUUCAUCCAGUCGCAGGAGCCGGAGGGACAGAGAGAAGGAGCGCCAGGAAAGGCUGGAGAAGGAGCGUCUGGAAAAACUGAAGGCUCUUGAGGACUCCAAGUUAUCUGGGCUGGAAGGAGAAGGUGCAGAAGGGUCAGCCAGAGGCCAGGACAUCGGGGUGCCCUGCUUGGACAUCCAGGUGCUGAGCUCUGCAGAUGUGACGAGGGCGAUCCUGGAGAGUGGCAAGCUGCCAGCGGCAGAGCAGAUCCUGGAUGACCUGGGACUGGGUCCCUCGGGGCCUCCCAUUCCACCUACUGCUUUCUACUCUGUGAUCCACUACCCGGAGAAGCGGAUGGUCCCUGCAGCAGGAGAAGCCCUCGAGCACUUCACCUUUGUUGUGCCAGGAGGUGCCACUGCAGAAGAAGGAAAGGACACCAGAAGUCUCUUGGAUGUCCCUGUUGUGCCUACAGUGAAGGUGUCAGAGGAGCAGGUCACGCCAAGCAGGGGCCAGACGGGGAAGGAGAAAGCCGUGGACAGACAGGAGGCUGUGAGGGAGAAGCGGAGCUCCAACCGGGGCAGGAGAGGUCUCCAGGUGCCGGGCACGGGAGCACACAAACGGCCCCAGGAGGUGCACCAAAGUGACGUGGACAUGGUCCCAUCCCCGGGGAGAUCCGUCAGGCUGAGCAGCUGCCGGUGGAUAGUGCCUGCCCACGGUGAGGUGGAACUGAAGGUCCAAUUCAACUCCACAGUGCCAGGGCAGUUUGACCAGACGCUGCAUUUUGAGGUGCUGGGGACAAACCGCCUGUACCAGGUGCACUGCAGGGGUACCUGCCUGUAUCCCACCAUCAGCCAGGACCCACGGCUGGUGUUUUCUCGCUGGAGGAAGAGCAAGGCGGAUGAUGACAUCGUCUUCAAGCAGUAUGUCAUGAACACGGGCGUAUUCCACUUCGGACCGCUGCUGUGUGGGAAGUCAAGAGACUGGUACAAGGCGAAGCACUUUCCCAGCAACUGUGAGAAGAUAACCAUCCGCAACGUCACCCUCUUGGAAGCAGAGGUGCACUUCUCCUUUGAGCAUGAUCUCAAAGCAGACACAUUCCUUCUAGACCCUCCCAGCAUGAGGCUGAAGGCUAACGAGAAGCAGGAGCUGAGCAUUUGGGCGUACCCCACUUCAGCUGGCCUUGUGGAAGACAACCUCAUCUGCCACAUUAAGGGGAACCCAGAGCCAGUGACCUUCCGCUUGUGCUGCCAGGGGGUGCAGGUGGAGCUGGGGGUCAGCCCCAAGCAGGUGCAUUUCGACAAGCUGCUUCUGCACAGGAGGGACAGCAAGAUCCUGGUCCUGCAAAACCGCACCCCACUGCCUGUGGCCUGGCGUCUCAGUGGGCUGGAAAACCUCGGUGAAGACUUCUCUGUGUCACAAGAGGAGGGCAUCGUUGGUCCCCACACGGAGUUUGGCGUGCAUCUGUAUUUCAAGGCCACACAGGCUCUCAGCAUUAAGAAGACGAUCCGACUGGAGGUUUCAGAUGCAGAAAAUGUGCUGGGAAUUGUUCAGGUUGAAAAUAUCCAAAUCCUUGCGGAGGGCUAUGAUGUUGCUCUGAGCAUCAACAUUUCUAAAGGUGCAGAUGGCAGUGUGGAUUUUGGAAUCCUUAAGGUCCUGGAUGAGACAAAGCAAGUGCUGACUCUGAAGAACAAAGGGAAGUACGAAAUUGCAUACAGUUUCAAGCUGGAAACUGCAGAUACCAACAUACCUGACUUGGCAUCCCACUUCACUGUCCAGCCACAGAAGGGCGUGCUGACUGUCUCCAAGCACCUUGUGCAGGUCCAGCUGCUCUUCCACCCCAAGCUGGAAAUGGAUAUCAAGGACAAACCCAUCCUGCACUGCCAGGUGAUUGAGCCCAGCAUCUGUGAGGAAGGCGAAACCAUCGCCAUCAUCCCAGUGAGGGUGUCAGCAACAGCUGUGUUCAGCAAGUACAGCAUUUACCCUGCCUCAUUCAUCAACUUUGGUGCUCUGGUGACUGGCAGCAGAAAAACCUGCACCUUCAUGAUGGAGAACAAAGGCGUCCUUGACUUCAAGUUCCUCAUCUACAGAGCAGAUCGGGAUGCAGCUGUGUCGCCAAGGAAAAGUGCACAUCGAAGGAAAUCUGCCGGCUCCCAUGAGAGUGAGAACUUAAACAAAAUGACUCCCUCGGUCGAGCAAAGCAAGCACUCACUGCAGAAGGAUGCAAACCCCUUUAUGCAGGCUCGCUUCACGCUAGGCAUGUUCACGGUGUACCCUGGCUCUGGCUCCAUUCCUCCUGGGGGCCAGCAGGUGAUCACAGUGGAUUGCUACGCAAAGGGACCAGGGACAUGCAAGGAGCAUCUGUCCAUCGAUAUCAGCGACAGAGACCCCAAGGACAAUCCCCUUGGCAUCCCCUAUACGCUGUUUGCCGAGUCCUGCUUCCCAGCAUUUGUGGUUGACAAUGUAGAGUCCAUCUUUGAGGAGCAUCGAAUCUGCAGCAACAUCAACCUCUGCCACAUCCUCCAGACAGUGCAAGACAAGGGUGUGUUCAUCACAGAUGAGAACAAAUUUAUCUUCACUGAUGUUCUGGUUGGGCACCGGGCCACAGCUCGCUUCAAGAUCCGCAAUGUGGACAAAGUGCCCUGUGAUGUGGUCCUCUCCAUCAAACCCAUCCGCGGGCAGCUUAACAGCCACAUUAGUGACAUUUUCAAGGUGGAUCCUGUUUGGAUGUGUGUGCCCAGCCACUCCCACGCCUUUGCCACGGUGACCUUCACUCCGCAAACAAUGCAGAACUACCAGUGCACUUUUGAGGCUUCCCUUGAUGCCCAGGCAAGCCCUGCAGCAGUUAAAGCCCAGAGCCUGACCUUCAAUAUCAGUGGGGAUGGGAAUCUGCCUCGGGUGACAGUCGUGCGUCCAGUCCUUCACAAUAAGAGCGGGAACCCUCUGCUGCUCUUUAAGAAGCUAUUGCUGGGUGAUUCAGAAAACCUCCCCCUGGUCCUUCAUAACGGUGGCAUCGUACCUGUCCAGUUGAUGAUAGACCUGUUGGAUGAAGGGGGAGUUUUCUUCUUGAAAGCCAGGUCCACCACACACUGCAUCUACCAAGCUGCAGGCAUGGAGGAGGACGCUUCUGGGGAAGAGAGGAAGCCUCACACUGCUUCCCUGAUCCUGCAUCACGGGGAAUCAGCAGAGUUUGACGUGGUUUUCAAACCCACCCUGGCCCAACGUGUGGAAGGGAGGAUCCACCUGUCAGUGGUGGACAAUCCCUACGAAGAAACCAACAUUCAGCUGGUGGGUGAAGGCUAUGAGGAUGACUUCACGCUAGAUAACAUCCAUGUACUAAUGGCAAACAGCAAGGAGGAGAACACUGAGGGCUAUCUGGAGGAAGACAUAAUUGAGGAUGCCAGAGUGGAUCACAUCCAGUUUGGGGACUGUCACAUCGGGACCCCCUACACCAUGAGCUUCACGAUCACCAAUCGCAGCAGGGCAGAGGCGAUGCGGUUUGAGUGGCUGGCAGGUGCCCCGUUUCACUUCUCCCCCCAGGUGGGACACCUCCAUUCUGGCUGUGCUAAGAACAUCACAGUCACCCUGAGAUCGGACGUCGCGGUCGCCUUCCAAAAGCACCCUGUGAGGUGUAAGGUGGCUCGGAUCGCUCUGCAGCUGCCGCCGGAGCAGGUUCCCGACUGGGACGACUGUCUGCGCACUGUCAAGUGGGUGGAUGCCGCGCGGGGCCCGGCAGCCAUGUGGCCUGUCAAGAAGAAGGUGAUCGAGACUGACCCAGAACCAGCUCACACUGUCCUGGAGGAGAGCAUCCGCGAGGUGGAGCUUCACCUCAGUGCUGUGGUUGACUAUGCCGAGUUCGAGCUGAAGAUGGACACAAUUGAGUUCAAGGAGACCUUGCUCUUCCAGACAAGGACGUUCGCUUUCCAGCUGUCCAAUACAGGGAAUGUGGCCCUGGAAUACACCUGGAUGGUGGCCAUGGAGGAUGAAAAGGCAGUGAGCCAUGCUGGGGAACUGCUCCCACCCUGUCUAGAUGGGGAUUUCCUCACCUCCACUUCUGGUGCCUCUGUGCAGCUCCAGUCUAGCUGCUGUUUGAGCCAGCUGGGCCACGCUCUGGAGCAGGUCUCUUCCUCCCUGAGCUCGUCUCUGAACACCGUCAGUGCCACCCCACCAUUCUCUGUCGAGCCCCACAGCGGCACCAUCCCUGCAGGUCAGGAGCAGCUCUUCCAGAUGAAGUUCUCUCCGGUGUAUGUGGGGGACUUUGAGAGCCGUAUGCUCUGCAGUAUUCCUAACCUGAGGCCAAAUCAGAAGGGCCCAGAGGUGGCUGUGAAGGGGAGAAGCCUGAUGCCACUUUGCCACUUUGAGCUGAAAGACUCUGACUACAUCACUGCAAAAAGGCACAUCCCAGAGUUGCAGGGACUGAAGGGACCAAUGUUAGAUCUCGACACAAGAGUGAUUGAGUUUGAGGCAAUUGGAGUGCGUGGCAGGCACAGCAGGACCUUUAUGGUUAUGAACCCAACCAGUUCCACAUAUUCCUUCCAGUGGACUUGCCAAGACCCUGAAGCCCCACUGGAACAGGUGGCUUUCUUCUGCCACACAGAGAGAGGUCACAUCCAGCCAAGGAAGCAAGCAGAGAUGAAGUUUGAAUUCAUCCCUGGGCACCUGGGCAUCACAGAAUCAUUCUGGGCCUUUACAGUCCCUGAGCAGAGCAUUUCAGUCCCAUUCCUCUUGAUGGGCAACACCACUGAGCCGCUAGUGACUCUGGACAGAUCCCACCUGAAUUUCCAGUCGCUGUUAAUUGGGCAUGAGGUACACCAGACUAUCACUAUAAUCAACAGUGAGAAGGAAGCCUUCAGCUUUGCUUUCAGAGAAAGCUCUCUCUUCUCAGAGGGAUGCAAUGCUGCCAUGAAAAUAGAGCCCUUGGAAGGCUCCAUCGCUCCUCUCUCAAGGUUUCCCAUUACAGUCUUCUUCACACCAACACUAGAAGGAGAGGCAGUCUUCAACGUCAAGUGCGAUGUCAAGAGGAAGACCCAGCCCCUCUCCUUGAAUAUCAAGGCCACCAGCUAUAGCAUGCACACGUCUGUCAGGUGUGAGGACAGCGACGGCUGUGUCACAGAGCUCAGUGCACAGGAGAUCAACGUCAUUGAUUUCAAGGAGGUACAGCUGAACGAGAACGUCCAGCAUCUCUUCAGCAUCCACAAUAACAGCAACUUCAGCUUCACCUUCUCGUGGGAACUGAGUGGCCCCACAGCCUGUAAGCAGGUCCUUACUGUCACCCCUCAGAUGGGCGUCGUGCACGCAGAGGGGAAAGCAGAGACCCAGCUGGCUUUUCACCCACAGAAGAUGUGCUCUUUAAAAGAUGUAGAGCUGACGCUGCAGAUCAACAAGGGCCCCACGUUUACCUGCGUAUUUCUGGCCACUGUGGUAGUGCCCACUGUGCACUUCUCCACUACCAGACUCAACUUUGGAACUUGCUUCAUCUACCAUGCUGGGAUGGCACCUUCCCGUCAGACCCUCGUCAUCACAAACCAGGCAGAUAAGGAUGUGAGACUGAGCUGCUUGUUCACCAGCACUGCACACCUGCAUGUGGACUUCCCAGGGUAUGUCCUACGCCCAGGAGGGAGAGUAGAGGUGCCCAUCACUUUCUAUCCCAGAGAGAUUGCAUCUUACCGUGAGCUCAUCCCUUUUGAAAUCAAUGGUCUUUGCCAGCAAACUGUUGAGGUUCGAGGAAGGGGCACGGAAAUGAAGGUUGAUGUUGUGGAACCACGAGGAAAGGUGGUGAAGCUGGGAGCCCUCUCCAUCGGACAGAUGGUGAAGAAGAUUGUCACCAUAGCCAACAACAGUGCUGCUCCUCUCACUUUUAAGCUCAGUCUCAAGUCCACCAUGGCAGAGCUGCAGGAAGCAGGGGUUCUCUGCUUAAAGCCCACCAAUGAACUAAGUCUGAAGCCCAAAGGACAGACCUGUAAAGUGGAAGUGACCUUCUCGCCAAAGUGCCGCAUCCAGCCAUUCACCGAAGAAGUGAUGUUGGAGUGCAGCGGCCUGGUGCGCUCCCUCUUCAUGGUGCAGGGCUCCUGCCAGGGAAUCCGCGUGAGCUUGGACCAGGAUCACCUCAGCUUCGGAGCGGUGGUGCAGCAGAGCUACACAUCCCGGCACCUCAUCAUGCAGAACACGGGCGACAUAGGAGUCAAGUUUAAGUGGGACAUCAAGAGCUUCAAGCCAGAUUUCUCUAUCAGCCCCACAAAGGGUUACAUCUCCCCAGGAAUGGACAUCCCCUUCAUUGUGACCUUCCGCCCCUCUAAGCUGAGACGUGCUAUCCAGUGCGAGGGCCUGCACUGCUUCAUCGAGGGCAGUGAGCCGCUCCAGCUUACCCUGGCAGGAUGCUGCACAGAGACCCCUAUGUCCAAAGAGACACUGACUUUCACGUGUGCCGUGCGCGAGAAGCACAGCCAGACCAUCCUCCUGUCCAACCCGAGCAAUAAGGACUGCACUGUGCAAGCUGUCAUUGAGGGGCAACACUGGAAAGGGCCUGAAUUUUUCCAUCUAGAGGCCAGUCAGGAAAACAAGCCCUACACGAUCACUUACGAACCCCUAACCAUGAGCUCUGAGAACAAGAAGCAUCAGGGCUCCCUUUAUUUCCCACUGCCAGAUGGGACAGGCUUGUACUACCUCCUGCAAGGGACUGCUGAGACCCCAAAGUGUUCAGGGACCAUUUUCCAGCAGGUGCCGUGUAGGACUUCCUACACUGAGCUCAUCCCUGUCUCCAACUGGCUGAACAGACCACAGAGGUUCCACGUGGUGGUGGACAUGCUCAAGCCAGAAAACCUGGAAAGCAGUUCUGUGCUGCAGGGGCUGGAAUACAUUGAUGUGCCAGGCUCUGCCAAGAAGGACUACAAGCUCACCUUCCUCUCCUACAAGGAAGGAGUCUUUAAUGCCAUGGUGACCUUCCUCAACGAGGAGACCAAGGAGUACUUGUUCUACAUGGUGACUUUCAAGGCCACUGCUUCGGGACCCAUCAGCACUGUUGAAGUGACCACCGCAGUUCGGCAGAGAGUAUCUGCCACCAUCAAGGUGGACAACCCUCUGCCUGUCCCGGUGACGUUUGCUGUAGGUUGCAAAGUGCCCGAUGUCAAUGUUCCCCCACAUUUCACUGUUCCUGCGCAGUCUGAGGCCGAUCUUGUCUUUGAGUACCAGCCCCUAAAAGUGGGUGAGAGCACCGGGCGCCUGGUGCUCCGGAGCAGCGACUUGGGCUCUUUCUACUACAACCUGCACCUGAAAGCCACCGUGAGCAGGCUAGAGAAGCCCCUCUACUUCUGCACCACACUGGGCUCUAGUCAGACCAUCACCACCAAAAUAAUGAAUUACACACGGCAGAAGACCAACUACCACCUCCAGACCAGCUGUGCCAACUUCAUGACGGAGAAGACCAUCAGCGUGGCCCCUGCCAGCCCAGGAGGCUCAGAGGUGAGUGUGGACGUGACCUUUGAGCCCUGCCAGCUGGGUGAAGCCAGGGCCAUGCUGCAGCUCUCCUCCCUGCUUGGUGGGGAAUACAGCAUCCCCCUCUUCGGCCUGGCCCUCCCCCCCAAGUCCCAGGGCCCCUUCACCAUCCAGGCUGGCGGCACCACCUCCAUCUCCUUUAAGAAUGUCUUCCUGCAGCCCAUGGCCUUCCAGUACCGGGUGGAGCACCCGGCCUUCACUCUCAGGGCCCCUGAGAGCUUGCACUCCAAGCAGACCACCUCCCUCUCCAUCUCCUUCAAGGGUGGCCUGGCCCCUGGUGCAGCCCCCAUCACCAGCAAGAUGGUGGUGUCCUGUCCUGGGGUGGGCGGUGUCUCCUGGGUCUACUACCUCCAAGGCCUCCCCCCUCAGAAGUGACCCGUGCCCGCCCCGGGAGCCCCUCAGGCUCAAGGCCGCAGCCCUUGGGGUGUGACCUGAGGGCGCAGUUACCGCUGCAGCGGUUGCUCUGGACAAACCCCCUUCCCUUUGCAUUAUACCCGCUGGCUUUGUAAUAAACGUUUUGGACUAAA